GGAUGUUAACAUUCAACCGGCUGAGAUCUCCAAUAUAAACAAGAACGUGAUUGCUUACCUUGAAUGCAUUGGCCAUCCCCUUGUAAAUAAUUCUGGGAGAACACGAUUUACGCUAGAAGUCCGUGAACUUGCGAUAUUCCGCGUAAAAGAAGGAUGUCAAGAUUCGCGCUCAACAAGGUGCCUCGUGUUAGUUCGAAAACACAGCUUUUUCUCACGUGUUUUUCGAUGAUUUUGAUGAACAGCGAAAUAAUAGCAAGUGGACUCCCUUAUUCAGAGCCACCAAGCUUCAAAAUCGGGGAAAAGAUUCGUUUGGAGACAAUUUUGUCGUGUGGUACUGGCGCGUUCCAGAACAAACAAGAUUCAGUGUUUUGGUGUGAUUCAAUGAAGGAAGACGAUUCUAACCAGACGAAUGGAAAUCAAAGUGACACGUGUUCCGCAUGCGAUCCCUUGACAAAUGCUUCAUAUAGCAUAAAGAGCGUACUGACAGGGAAUGGAGUGAGGGAAUGGAGGUCUCUCCCAAAGGAUAAGGAGAGUAUUCUACAGGAGCUCAACAUCACGAUCAACUUUCCACAGAUACUGGAGAUACAGAGUAUUUCUGUGAAGGCAGGUAAAACGCCUCUUCCCGCUGUCUGGGCCCUGGAAACGACCAUCGAUGUUAACAGCGACUUUCAGGGGGUGCGUUACUAUGUUAAAAACCAAGACGAUUGCUUAAAACACUUCGGAGUGAGCCUGUUAGACAGUCCUGUUUGCCAUCUACAAUCGGAACGUUCGUGGACAGAAAGCAAAACUUUUCUAAAUCAUCUGGCGGCUAGUGUCCAGCUGAGAUUUUUAAAAAUGUGGCCUGUUGUUGAAGCAAGAAACAACUAUUCGGAUUACUACUCAAUCAGCGACAUUUCAAUAGAAGGACGCUGUGUCUGUAAUGGCCAUACAGAUGAGUGCAGUCCAACAGACGAUGGACGCAUGGCUUGCCAUUGUCGCCAUAACACGUGCGGGGAACGGUGUCAAUUUUGUUGCGAGGGUUACUCUCGAGACGACAAUGGUGAUUGUGAGGCCUGCAGAUGUAACAAACAGGGCUCCGCAUCGUUAGUCUGUAACCAGUAUACAGGACGCUGUAGUUGCAAGCUAAGUGUCAGAGGAAGAAGGUGUGAUGAAUGUCCUGUCAAAUCUUAUGGCUUUCCCACAUGUUUAGCUUGUGACUGCAACUUGUCUGGUUCAUACGGUGGAGGUGCCUACUGUGAUCCGUACACCGGGCAGUGUCCCUGUAGAUAUGGCUUCAGAGGAAGGCAAUGUGACAAGUGUCCUGCUGGUUAUUAUAACUUUCCUAACUGCCAAUGGUGUGGAUGUAAUCCGUUAACAACAAUAUCUGACAUAUGUGAGGACAGCGCCGACGGCUAUAGGUGUUUAUGUAAACCCAACUAUGAAGGUCUUUUCUGUGGACAGUGUAAAAAAGGAUAUUACGGCUUCCCUGUUUGCAAAAGGUGCACGUGUUCGCCUCGUGGAUAUGGUUCUUGUAAUGAACUUGGAAAAUGCGUCUGUAAUGAUGGGUAUGCCGGGAUACAGUGCGACCGCUGUGCAAAUGGCUACUAUGGUUUCCCAAACUGUAGAGCGUGUAAUUGUAACACCUUUGGCUCGUACAGUAGACAGUGUAACUAUACAACCGGGGAGUGUUCCUGUAAGCCCGACAUCCGAGGUAUUCAGUGUGACCGCUGUGCAGAAAAUAUGGUGGGCUUUCCCGCGUGUAUCAAGUGUGACUGUAAUGCAGAUGGUACCAGAUUCUUGCCUGGUUUUGCCAACGGAAUGUGUUACGGUUCAGCCAAGUAUCAGUGCCUUUGUAAGUCCAACGUUGUGGGCCGCACAUGUGAUCGUUGCCUGCACGGUUUCUACAACUUUAGCGGCAGCAACCCCCUUGGUUGUACAUCCUGUAGCUGCUCACAUGUUGGGACUGUGUCGGGUACACGCAACUGUCAUGCGCAAAAUGGGCGCUGCGAAUGCAAGAAUCAUGUGAUAGGUAAAAAGUGUCAGAAUUGUCGAGAUGGGUACCAUGGAAUGAAGUCACAUGAUAUAUUUGGUUGUAAAGCGUGCAAAUGUGAUCCUGGCGGAUCGGUCAGAAAAAAUUGUUUCAAACAUCUAGGAAACUGUCAGUGUAUUUCUGGAGUUAGAGGAAAGAAAUGUGACAGUCUCUAUGCGUCAAGAGCGACAUAUUACCCAACUUUGUAUCACACCUAUGUUGAGCUGGAGAGAGCGGUGUUGACAUCCAAUACUAAAAUCCGGGUUCCGAUAGCGGCUGAUGAUAAUGUCUUUCCAUCUUUCUCUGGAGUUGGCUACGCAAUUUUCCCUCCAUAUAAGGAGUACGCAGUUGUUGUGGCCAUCCCCAAGACAAGUAAAUAUCACGUCAUCUUUCACUACGCGCUCAGAAAUAACCAACGUUCCUCUGCGAAAGUGGAGCUAUAUCUAAGAGGCUCGUUGCCUAAACCAUACAACUUUGAGGUACAGUUUCCCCCACGGAAUCCAAGUGAACAACAAACCAAGAACUUAAGACUUACCGUAAAUAAAAGAGGUGUAAACAAAGAGUUUGAGUUGGAUAAAGGUGCUUGGACUGUUGCUAUAACAUCCCACAGCACAAUGUUGUUGUUGGAUUACAUUGUAUUUUUACCACAAGAUUAUUACAACGCAGACCUUCUCAAUGACGUACAACCAGGACCAUGUAUGCUGCGGACCUCCAAACCGGAGGGCUGUGAUAUGUAUACAUAUUAUGACCCUAGAAGUCCAUCAAUCGUCACUGUGUCUGGGAACCGUGCUUACACGCACCCAUUCAGAAGGCAGGCCUAUUUAUUCACAGAUACACUAUACUACCUAGAUGAACCCAAACUCUCUAAUAUGGCCUUGCUGGGAGAAAGUCAGCCUAUCCUAGGUUUCGACAUCACAGUACCAGAGUCUGGGCCUUACGUUGUCAUGGCCACUUACGUCCAUCCGGAGAGAUUCAUUCACCGAGUAUCCAUCACAAUAGGUAACCAGCGAGGGACGAUGGAGAUUCUGCCAUGCAAAUACCAGUUUUUAUGCCGCCAGUUUGCUAUGGAUGGCAACAAGCGCCCUAAGAACUACGAGCUUAAGGCCAGACAGACCAUUGGGAUUAAAAUUGAAAGCUCUGCAUCUGCCAAGAUCGGCGUGAGUUCUGUCACCGUCAUACCUCAAGCAAAGUGGAACAUACAGUACAUCGAACCCAGGCUUCUUUGCAGAAUGGUCAAUAAAACAUGCUUUCCUGCCACUUAUCCAAUACCUGAGAACGCAUUUCAGCUGGUUGCAUUUUCUCACUGGACUAAAGAUAAGAUGACAUCAAUUUUCAACGGGGCUGUCAAGGCCUUUGUGUCGUACCGCAUAAUCAUACACUAUCGACAGUCUAACAGUCUAUCUAAGAAAGUUGAAGAACUAUCGAUUACUAGCCACCAAAAGCCGAAUAUUCCCGUAACGUUCCACUACUGUCCUGCCGAUCCCGGCUGCCGUGUCGUCGUCGGGGAAGAGGAAGCCUUAAAUUUCGUGUUCAACCGAGGGAUUUUCACUGCCAAGAUACAACACGAGAGGCGAACUCAACUGUCGUAUCUACUUCUCGUGCCUCAAAACGUCUACUCCACAAGCCUUCUUGAGCUACAGUCUAGCGACAAAGUUACUGAAUUUUUGCAAAGUUGUGGUAAAGACCAUUUCCAUAUAAACCCAGUUCGCGGUCGACAGUGUCGGCAGGAUGUGUUCUCUUUGACGAUGCGUUUCAUAGGAGGUCCUUUACGAUGCACGUGCAACGUUUUGGGCUCAAGGUCCUCGGUCUGUGAGGAGUUUGGUGGGCAGUGCUUGUGCCGGACCAAUGUGGUGGGUAGGAAGUGUGACAGAUGUAAGCUUGGUCACGCUGGAUUCCCACGCUGUAGACGGUGUGGCUGCCACGUGGUGGGAUCAGUUUCUCCUACUUGUAGUACAAACGGACGGUGCCGCUGCAAGCCUGGAUUUGGAGGAUACAAGUGCGACAGAUGUAUAUCUUCCACUUAUUAUGGAUUCCCAAAUUGCAAGCCUUGCGCUUGCAACACUCGUGGCUCAUUAAGCACUUUCUGUCGCUCAAGAGAUGGCCAAUGUCAGUGCAGGCGAAAUUUCAAUGGAAAGAAAUGCAACGAGUGCAGAAUUGGCUAUUAUGAUUUUCCAAGCUGUAAGAAGUGUAGCUGUGAACCGGCUGGAAUCAAAUUACUCCCUGGUGAAAAGAAUGGAUGUGGAUCUGUCGAUAAUACUAACUGCAGGUGCAAAGAUAACGUGAUGGGUGACAAGUGUGACAGCUGCAAACCGUUCCACUUUAAUCUUCGUAUAAAUAACCCUUUGGGUUGUCAGUCAUGUGGCUGCAACACUAAUGGAUCUUUGGGAUUGAUCAAAACGUGUCACGAGACCACUGGACAGUGCCUCUGUAAGAGUCACGUAACUGGUCGCCAAUGUGACCAAUGCAAAGAAGGCUAUUAUAGCAUCGAAGGACCAAAUGCAUUCGGCUGUAAACGUUGUUCAUGUAAUGCUGGUGGCUCUCUUAGCACAUCUUGUAACGAAAUCACAGGACAGUGCCCAUGCUUGCCGGGUAUCGGUGGAAACCAGUGUGACAGGGUUAAGUCUAAUGACUAUUACUACCCCACACUUCAUCAAUAUAAAGUCGAGUUAGAAGAUGCGAUCUCCACUGACAAUGGCAGAUCAGCUUACUCCAGAUACGACGAGAGUGAAUUUCCGGGAUUUUCUUGGCGAGGUUACGCAGUUUUCUCGCAGUCUCAGACAUCUAUAUAUAUGAUGAUUGAUGUUCCUCGAACAAGUAAAUACCAACUGGUAUUCUAUUACUUAUUGGCCCGAUACGCCACCGUGACGGCCUUAGUGAGAUUUACUCCGACAGUGAACUCAGCUCUAUUUCCAUCAGGCUCUGCGACAGAGCAGACGCUGGAUGUCCGAUUCCGAGCAACAUCCAAUUGGUUCUACCGCUCAGCUGACUUCCUUGUGGUCAGAGACACUUGGGGAGACCCACAGCAAAUUAUGCUGAGUCAGGGAAAAUGGAAAUUUACGAUGUCGGCCUCCGCUACUGAUCUUUUCGUGGACUACAUGGUGCUACUACCAGAGGAAUAUUACAAACCGAAGAACCUCGAAGUUAACGUCUUUAGUCCUUGUACACUUAGAGGAGACAAUAGCCAUUGCUCUCACUUAGCCUUCCCCAGCCUCAAACAAGACGGAUUUGUGACUAUCCAAGCAGAGGACAGUUCGGUUGUUGGUGGCGUGCGAAGAAACCGACGAGUAACGGACAUUCCCUUCCAUGGGCUUAUUCUGACUGGCUCUAGGAAUGAAAUGUCCUUCAGUUUACCGUCUAAAGUGCAAGGCCAGUUUGUCCUGUUGGCCAGCUAUUUCCACGAUUCUGAUAAAGAAGGAGUCUCAGCUCUGGUUGUUAAAACUGGCUCUGAAAUCUUAAGAGCGCAAAUGAGCAUUCUCUCCUGCAGAUAUCGUUUUGGCUGUCGACAAGUAGCUAUCAACAAGAACCAUGAUGUUGCUAUAUUCACAGCGAGUCAAAAGGAAGAAACUACCGUCAGUAUGACAACCUCGUUAACAAUCGCUUUGGACUUCAUUACUGCUGUUCCUCUCGCCAAAUGGACCCAGAAGCUCUUGUUACCAGCAACACAGUGCAUCAGUAACGGUUUCUCGUGUGUACAGUCAACGUAUUUUACUCCGAAAGAUGCCGUUAAGGUAGAGGCUGAAGACAGGUUGAACGGUGGCGAUAAAGCCCCUUACUACAUCAUGGACAGGAGGGCGAGACUGAAGCACCUGAAAGUGGGCGAGAAAACUCUUCACAUCAAUGGAAGAGCGCGAACUGGUCGCUAUUACGUCAUUGUGCAUUUCUACCAGCCGAACUUCCUCUCCUUCCUGGGAAAAGUUGUCGUCAGUGGACAGAACGCUGCGUCCACGCUGCUGACGUUCAGCUACUGCCCUCACGUAUCGGGCUGCAGAGCCAUAGGUACCUCACAGUACAGGGAGGGUAUGCGUGAAUCUAUCUACAUUGGGCGACAGAAUGAAAUACUUGUCAGUAUAGCUAUUCCUGAGGACAAAGGUGUAUGGAUUGAUUACGUGUUAUUGGUUCCAAUCUCGUCCUUCUCGCCAUCCCUUCUGGAUAUAAAACCCAUCGAUAUCACGCAAGAUUUUAUACAGGAUUGUGGACAACGCAGCUUUUUCUUGAAAGAAUCUACCUCGCAAUUCUGCCUUCGCUCUGCAUUUAUCCUCACAACUCGAUUCAACAGCGGUGCAUUAUCAUGCAACUGCGACAGCCUGGGAGCUACAAAAACGAGCUGUGAGCCAUUCGGCGGACAGUGUGUGUGCCGACCUAACGUGAUUGGUCGAGCAUGCGACAAAUGUAAAAGCGGUUAUAGCGGGUUUCCUUACUGCAAGAGAUGAAAGAAAUAUCAAGCGAUCGACAAACAAA